CCAACACAGGGGGGAGCUCUCUCACUGUGGGGCAGUCACUCUGGCAAUGGGUUUCUCCCAUUUACACUUCUUGCCCCUGCCCGGGGAACAGAGAGGGUUUCCCCCCGGUACCGGGUGUAGGUGCCCUGAUCAUGUGAUCUCCCUUGUGCCCAGGUUGCCCAGUGGCUGGAGUGUGCCCAGCAGCAUGCCCGGGACUGCCUGUGGGAAGGAGAGGGGUCGCCGCCCCCUGAUCUAACGGAGAACCUUAUCCGCUGCCUGAGCCGCCACUGCCCCCAGCUGCCCCUCAGCUACAGUUUCACCCCAAUCUCCCAGCUGCUGGCCUUCCAGCACUCCCCCUGUGUCUCCCUAUUGGGCUGGAGCACUGAGCGUUAUAAGAGGUGGUGCCAAGAACAGGUGGAGCUGAAGGAAGCCACACCCUCUCCUAACAAGCCCCUCCCCAGAGUUCACCUGCUAUUGGUGGGGUACAUCACGGAUCUUCCUCCUGGGGAGAGUGCAAAGCAUGAUGGGAACUUGUAUGUGAGGGACAGGAGCGGCUGUAUUCCCUGUGAGGUGUUGCACUUUGACCUGUCCUGCCUGGGGGCGCUGGUGGUGCUGCCAUGUUGGUCGUACAUCGUUCCCCAGGCCAAAGGCUCAGGGGGCGGGUACCUGGAGAUCAUUUCCCCCCCGGAGCCCAUCGUGCCCCCCCCUGUCAGAGAGACCCCGCCGGAAUGUGUUCCCCCCCUCACACCCCACCGUGCGUCUGCGCUGCUAAAGGACAGGCUGCAGCCCAGGCCCCCCCGGGUCACUGUCACCGGCCGGGUGUCUCGCGUCACCUCCCUCCUCAGCAUCCGACACAAAACCUUCUUCUUCUUCUUCCUCCAGGAUCAGCGGGAAUGUGUCCCUGUUAUAGUGCAGGUUUCCCCCAGGCUGAGCUGGUACCACGCCCUACGUGUGGGCGAGACGUACACGGUGACAUCACUCUCUGUCUCCUCCCUGCGUGGCUCCUCCCAUCAGGUUUUCGCCGUCACCUCCUCUUCCUGUCUCCUUUCAAGCCCAGAGUUCCCCCUGCCUGACCCCGUGUCCCCCGCUGAGGAGAUUAGUGGGUGCAGCCCCCCCGGCCAUGUUGGGCAGGAGAUACAGGAGGAGCGGUCGUACCAACAGAAGGCGAUGGGGGUAGGGGAAAAGCAGGCCAAGACUCUGACCUAUCAGGGGGUGCUGACCCGAGUUGUAGACCCGCGGGCGGGAUUAUAUGAGCUGGACGGGAAGGUGAUGCUGUGCACGGCCUACCUGCAGCUGCUGAAUGGGGGGCGGGGCCUGAGAGAGGGGGCCGGAGUGGAGAUAUCGGACACGCACCUCCAGCAGUCUCCCAGCCCUCUCUUCCCUCCCAUCGUCCUAUCGUGCUGUCUCAGGAGCAGGUUGAGGGUCACCCAGUUUUCGCGGCUUUGCACCCCGUUAUCGCCCGUCUCUACGGCCGGAAACCUCCACCUUCACCUCCAGUUCCGCUAUCACCUGAGACUGCCCGAGUACCUGUGGGCCUGUGAUGUCUCCAGGAGACUGCAAGAGAAGCUGUGCCCGUCUCUGGUGAAGCCGCGGUGCCUACAGGGGUCACUCGGUGCCGGACCCCCCGGCGUCACAGAGAAGCUGCUGUCCGAGACGCUCUCGUCUUUCUCCGCGUCGGGGCCGAGGUGCGAGCGAGACCUACAGGGAGAGAUCCUGAAGGAGCCUCAUGAGUGCCCCCUGCGAGAGUAUUCUCCCCUCUCCCCGCCCUGGAGUCUCCCCGCACUCUCGCUUCUCCAGUCUGUGGUCUCGGACUCCCGGUACCUUCGGGCGGAGGAGUCUACUCGCUCUCUGCGAUGGACCCAUCACUCCCUGCAACCCCAAGAACUUCGCCCCAGUCUGCGACUCCUUGGGGUUCUCCAUGCGUCUCCCUCGGGGCGCCUUGUGCUAAAGGAUCAGUCGGCGUCUGUCCCCUGCCUGGUGUUGCCCCGGCCGCCCAGUGCCUGGAUAGGCUGUACCAUAGAGGUGUGCCACUACAGGCUGCUCGGCGAGACUGCCCAGGACACGGAGAAGGGGACGAGCAGCACAAUUACAUAUGUUCAGUUUCUAUUGAGCGAUGCCCGAAUCCUACACCUGCCCCACGACUGCCCCACGUGCCCCCCCGCUGCCUCCCUCCUGCCCCGACCCUGUAAGCUGCCCAAGCUGGACGGGCCCAGUGCCAGCCGACUCUUCCUGGUGAGGGGGGUAGAAGGACUCGUGCCCAUUCCGGGCCAUGACGGGGGGUUCCAGUUUCAGGCCCAGGCUGUGUGGCUGGGGGCACCGGAACUACUCACCGGGCAAGUAACUGAGCGAGAGGAGGAACAGAGAGCAUCAUGGGACGAGGAACAUAGACCCUUAACUAAGGUCCUGCUCCUUUUCUGCCAUUCCGCUGCCCGAUGGUUCCAUUUCCUUCAGCCCAACAGGGUGUAUCGUCUCAUCGCAACCGGGGAGAAGGACCUGGAGAUAUUUCACCGGCAGCCGGAAGAUUCCGUGCAGAUGUCCAGUUGCCCCGUGUGCUUCAGGAUUCCCUGUGAGUGGGCCCUGCGGGAUGUGAAGGCCCCCGACCCCCCACCUUGGCCGCGGGAGGAGCCGCUCUCGGUAGAUCAAGCGCUGAAAAGCAGCUCUGCGGGUUCUCUCCUCAACGUGACCGGCGUGGUGACCCACCGUACCCUGUGUGAUGCCCAGAACACCCGUAUGUUCCCCCCAAGCGGCACCAUUACUGAGUCCUUCCUCCCACAUGGCGUCUCCCUCAAGGUCACCGUGGCAGAGUUGGACCGUCAGGCUGCGCUGUCUGUUUAUAUGAACCCGGCCGGGGGCCCUUACUGCCUGGGGCUGCUGCCAGGGGCCACAAUAUUAAUACAAGGCUUAGAGAGGAAAAUAUCCAGGGCCGGCGCCGUGUACCUGCGCAGUGUGCCCGUCACCUGUGUGCGUGUCCUGAGCGCCCCGGCGGAGAGCAAUGAAUGUCUCCUCGUGCCCAAGUUCACCCUCUUCUCUGAGCUGCCGAGGUCACUGAUCCCCCACCGUGCCGUUUGCUCCAUCGCGUGUGUGCUGAGCGUGACGCUGGCGUGGGUCUGCGCCGCCUGUGAGGACGUGUUUAGGGCAGGCCACUGCAGCCGAUCCUCAUCCUGCACGUCCCAGUCCGGAGUGUUCCGUGCCAAAGCCUGGGUGAAAGCGGAGGACGGCUCGGGGGAGGCGCAUAUACAGCUACAAGACGGGGCGCUCCUGGCAGCACUGGGGGUCCCGCAGGGUCUCUGGGAGGCUUUGCAGGGUCGAGUUCUCUCUCGAGGGGAGGUCAGGGUGCAGAAUCGGGGGCGCAACUAUGAGGUGCCGGGUGAAAUGCGCAGCGAGGACGCUCUCUCCUGCUACGUGAGCCACCUCGUUUCUCGCCCUGCCGUCUCGCGGCCUCUGAUCCUGACGUUUAAGCAGCUCGCUGCCUCUAGCAGGCCCCUCCCAGCAGAGCCUUCACAUUUGAGGCGGUUCACCCGGGGGGAACGAGAUUACAUGACGCACGUGCCUCCGCCCCCCACACUCAUCUGUCUGGGGCUGGAAGAAGUAGAGCCCGGGACCCUGUGCCGCCUGAUCCAAGAACGCAACUAAAUGAUAUAUAUAUAUAUACACCUUUGGUAAUAUCUGUAUAUUCACCCGUAAGGGGCGAGUAUUAGAUGAUACAAUGAUAUUUAUUGAAUAAAAAUAUUAACAGUGUUGUUUCCUAA